GUAUCCAUGCCUCAGAUAGAGCUGUCAUCAGUUCCACGGAUUGAACAGGGUGAAGACAUUGUCCCCAUGAAGUCGGACAGUCUAGGGUGUAUACUAGCUAGCUACCUUUGGUUUGAAGAUAGCUUCCGUCUAUGGGGGCGACUUGAAUGUGGUGUUAAAGCUUCAGGUCAGGGGACUGGACCUCAUGCUGCAGGCUCAAGGCAGCUGUCUGUUACUGCCUCUCAUGUCUAGCUGGUAUUGGGAUAACUUGUCUCUUGUUCAGGACCUGUUUUAAGGAAGGGAGGGCAGGGGAAGAUUUCUUCUCAACACGUUUUCAGAAAACAUUAACAAGAACCUCAGAAAUAAAUUUGAUACCACAGACAUGGAUGCAGACUCUCCUCCAGCUCCUCAAAAGAAGACCAUGAGUCAUGAAAGUUUUCACAGAUUCUCCAAGUUGCUCCUCACCUCAAUCACAAUAUUUUUACUGCUAUCGAAAAUCAUACUCUCCAUUGCUCUGAUCACUUUGUUUAAAAAAUAUUUUCAGCUUCUUGAUGAAAAAGAAGUUAAAAAGGAACUGAAUUACCCUGAGUUGGAGUGUAAAAAAGAGCAUUUCCUCUCGAAAGUUUCUACUACCCCCCAAAACAAAGUCUGGAACUGUUGCCCAAAGCAUUGGAAGCCAUUUAGUUCCCACUGCUACUUCAUUUCCACUGACUCGACAUCUUGGAGUGAGAGUAAGGAGAAGUGCUCCAGCAUGGGUGCUCAUCUGAUGGUGAUCCACAGCCAGGAAGAGCAGGAUUUCAUCACCAAGAUCCUGGAUCCUAAAGCUGAUUAUUAUAUUGGCCUUUCGGAUCCAGGUCACCGACAGUGGCGAUGGGUUGAUCAGACACCAUACAAUAAAAGUGCCACGUUCUGGCACCGAGGUGAGCCCAACAAUAAGAAAAAUAAUGAAGAAUGUGUUGAAAUUAGUCAUCUAUCUUCUGGUUGGGGCUGGAAUGACACCCCUUGCAGUGGUAAAGAGAAUUCAGUUUGUCAGAUGAAGAAAAUAUAUUUCUGAAUCAAGCUUUUUCAUGGACAAUGAUUGCAUUUUAUCCAGCAUUACACAGAUAUUGCAAAGGUCUUCUUGUGGAAGAGAUGACCAUAGAAAUUUAGGUAGACAACCAACAGUUAUCCAUAUGAUAAUACUGGUCCCCAUAUAUACUUAUUUGUUCAUCCUUAGCUCUUUAUAUAAUGAGAAUUUCUCAUAUACCAGAGUCUCGAGACUCUACAUGAUCCAUUUGUGUAUAUGUAGUAGCACACUAGCUUCUCUGUCCAUUCUUAGAUUCCUAAAGUCUUAUUUGAUGAUAGAAUUGUAUGGUGUGAACCCUCUACCCAUUUCUCUUUCCUUAUUCCUCUCUCUUCAGAUUAGUGAUGUAUAAUUGACAAAUAAAUUAUGUAUAUUUACAUUACACUGUCUUGACUUGAUAUGGAAAUGUAUUGUGUAAUGGCUACCACAAUCAAGUUAACAAUACCCUCUAUUAUGUAAUAUUGUUGUCUGGUGUGUGUGUGUGUGUGUGUGUGUGUGUGUGUGUGUGUGUGUGUGUGUGUGUUGUUAAAACAUUUAAGAUCUUCUUAAGCAAUUCAGACAGACAGGGUGACAUUGGUACCUAUUGUCACUUUGAUCCUCAGUGCUUACUCAAUUUUCUCUGGCGGUUUGUGCCCUUCCAUCAGCAUUUUCUUGUGUCCCCCAAUACCUGCACUGCCAGGAACCUCUCAGGAACAUGGUACCCAUGGCUAGUGUGUCAGGUGCUAUGGAUGACGUAAGGCUGAUGUGGGCCUCUAAUGGUGGCUGAUCCUGUCUGAGUGACCUUCCUCAACAGCAAGUGUAAGAAGAUGACAGCCAACCUUCUACUGGCACCACCUGUUAUUCUUGGUGUCCCAAUUUGUGCCUGAUGCAUUAGGGACAGCUUCUGCCCUGUGGAUGAACAUUGAGGAGAGCCAUAUGUUCCAUGGAAGACUGUAUGUUGUUUAGCAUUUUGGAAGCCCUUUCAGCUUCUUCCUAAGAGUAUUUUGAAAUAGAAGUUGACUGGAUGGUAUCAUUAAUUGUUGACAUUUUGAAAUAUAUAUAUGUAUAUAUGUAUAUAUAUUUGUGUAUGCAUAUGUUACUUGUUAGGGCACUUGAGAUUUAGUUUGAUACAUAACACUUCAGGCAAUAUUUUAGUGUAUAUCAUCUGAAAUUGUCAGUGCACAAGAAAACAAUACCACUAUCACUCUUAGAAAAUUUAACAGCUCUUUUCUGAUAUGGUAUGUGAUAUUGUUUGUAUUUCCUCAGCC